UAAAGACAAAGAAAAGCAAAUAGAUUAUUUCGACUUUGUCAUGCUUUCACUGCCAGACGGAGCCGUACCAGAUCUGUUUCACUCCUCUGAAUUAAGCGCCCAUCAAUUGUGCUCCCAGUCCCUUACCGCUUCGCUGGGCACUGGCACCGCCGAAGCCUUUCCUGCAACCACCGCCCCAGCCAGCGCCCAAAAGGACUCCAUCACUGGCUCUCGUUGCAUGUUCUCUUCAGUCCUGCGUUGUUUCUCUGUUCUCUCUGUAGUCAGUGGUUAGCUGACAUCCACUGCCAGCCUGUGCCAGCGCUGCUCAAGUACCGAACUCUGGUAGCUGAGCCGUGGGUCCCUGAAUUGGACUUGGUCACAACCUCAAACUGCGCCUCAACCUGUCCACACCGACGUCCAUCCACUACUGCAUCUAUCACAUCCCUCAACUCUCCCACUGCAGGUUGAGACUACCACUCUCUUUCUAUCUCUGGUCAGCUGCGGUUUCGCUUCUCCUACCUCUCAUACGCGUUCAAUCUCUAUCCGGCGCGACAUCAUGGCCACCGAGGCCUCCAUCGCCCUGACUAACCGUUCUCUCCGUACAAUUCGCACUGAACUCGAAUUCCUCGCAGACACCUCCAUCAUCUCGCCAGAACAGUUGUCCUCGAUCCUAGCCCAACUUCCGGCCCAGACGCCCUUACAUGCUCCUUUACAUGCUCCCGCCAAUGCAUCGACAGAGACUCCGGUCGACCAGUUUUCAAAUAUGAGCCUGAAAGAACACUAUGCUCCUGUUCCGACACCAGCCCCUCUUCCACCACCAGCAUAUGUACAGACUCCCCAGAUCCUGUCCAUUGCAACCGCUCUCUAUGCAUACACACCCACCGACGCCGGUGACUUGGCGCUGCAACAAGGAGACCGGAUACAAGUGACGGAACAUAUGAACAAUGAUUGGUGGCGUGGCCGCAACGAACGGACAAAUCUCGAAGGCAUUUUCCCUCGCAGUUAUGUCAAUGUUAUCGAUGAAAAGCGGCCCCCAAUGGCUCUGCCACAAUCGUCCGACUAUGGCAACAUGCCUCUACAAAUCAGCCAGACGGGCUCGACCACCAACUCCGAAGGCCGGAAAUACAGCAAGCUCGAGGAACAAGGCAAGAAGUUUGGCAAGAAAAUGGGAAAUGCCGCCAUCUUCGGAGCCGGCGCCACCAUCGGCAGCAACAUUGUCAACGGUAUUUUUUGAUGACGAAUCGGUGUUCUUAACGUUUCAACUUUUCAGUCCUCGAAGGCUACGACUAUGAAUUUGGGUAGAGUUUCAACCACACGGACCAGGGGCUAUAGGCACGGCAGAGGGAUUGACUAAUGGGCACACACUGAAAAAGGGAAUUUCGGAAUCAACCGGCGAGCAUGGGAUUCGGCGUCAAGGGGGAUUUCUGGUAACGAGAAAAAUGCCGUCUCGGCGACAAGCGAUGGCAAAUUGUCCUGACAGUCCUAUAUUUCAUUUGUUUUUCCUUCCAGGGCCCUAACGCCACUGCAACAAGACAUAUUUGCAACCAAAUCCCGGGCGUUUUAUUGCGAUGGGAUGGUUGUGAUCUGACAACUCAACUGAGGUGGUUGUAGACGCAGAGUGUGCUGUACGCCUUAACGGCGCCACUAAAUAAGUUUCCAGCAAAGUCUGGCUCAUGAUCUGUUUUUGAGAGGACGCG